UCUCUCUCGCACAAACAAACACACACACAGACGCACGAACAAUCUGUCGAUCAGAAAUGGGAAUCAGAUUCAUAUUGAUGGUGAACAAGCAAGGGCAAACCCGUCUCGCCCAGUACUUUGAAUACCUCACUCUCGAAGAAAGACGAGCCCUUGAAGGCGAAAUCGUCCGCAAAUGCCUCGCUCGUAACGACCAACAGAAUGAGCUUGCAAUUUUGGAAUUCAUUCAUCUGUUAGUCGAAACAAUGGACCGCCAUUUUGGCAAUGUGUGUGAGCUGGACAUCAUGUUCCAUCUGGAGAAAGCACACUUUAUGCUAGAGGAAAUGGUCAUGAAUGGGUGCAUUGUUGAGACCAGCAAGUCUAACAUUCUUACUCCGAUACAGCUGCUGGACAAAGCAUCUUAGUCAGUUGGGCCAAUGUUUUAACAAUGCCUUGCUAUCACUGUGACUUCCUUUUCUGAUACUCAUUGGCAUCAUAUAUAUCUAAUUGUUGUAGUGCCUACUGUGCAUUGAGCUAAACAAAUGGAAUGCUUUCCAUUAGAGUGGAAUAAUCUAAGGGCUGUGGAUUUGGUUAGCAGAAAACGUUUAGUCGAUUCAAUGAGUUGUAAUUGAACCGACUGUUCUGAAUAUAUUGAGAAAAAUUGGCA